AUGUGCUUUGGCAGGCGCUACGACCACAAUGACCCAGAGCUGCUCAGUGUCGUUGACUUCAGUAAUGAAUUUGGGGAGGUGGCUGCUUCUGGCCACCCCGCUGACUUCAUCCCCGUGCUCCGGUAUCUCCCCAGCCGUGCCAUGGAGCUCUUUAAGGACAUCAACAGGCGUUUCAACUUCUUUGUGGCAAAAAUCAUCCAGGAGCAUUACACCAGCUUUGAUAAGGGCCACAUCCGGGACAUCACGGACUCGCUGAUUGAGCACUGCCAGGAGAAGAGCGGAGGGGAGGAUGCCUGCGUCCCACUCUCCAAGGAGAAGGUCAUCAGCAUCGUCAAUGACCUCUUUGGGGCAGGCUUUGACACUGUGACAACUGCCUUAUCCUGGAGCAUCAUGUACGCUGCCUUGUACCCUGACAUGCAGAAGAGGAUCCAAGAAGAACUAGACCAGGUCAUCGGCCAGGAGAGGAGACCGCGGCUGUCGGACCGGAGCACGCUGCCCUACACGGAAGCUUUUAUCCUGGAGACGUUCCGGCACUCCUCCUUGCUGCCCUUCACCAUCCCGCACAGUACGACAAAGGCGACGGUGCUGAAUGGCUAUUACAUCCCCAAAAACACCUGCGUGUUUAUCAACCAGUGGCAAGUGAAUCAUGACGAGAAGCUUUGGAAGGACCCCUCCACCUUCAACCCCGAGCGGUUCCUCAGUGCUGCGGGGACUGAAAUAAACAGGACAGAGAGCGACAAAGUUCUGGUGUUCGGGUUGGGGAGGAGGCGAUGCAUCGGCGAGUCCAUCGGCCGCUGGGAGAUCUUCCUCUUCUUGGCCACCCUGCUGCAGCAGCUGGAGAUCCGCCUGCGCCCCGGCGAGAAGGUGGACAUCACUCCUCAGUACGGACUGACCAUGAAAUACAAGAAAUGCGACUGCUUCCAGAUUAAGAAGCGUUUGCCCACAAAGAGCUCUCCUUAA